AUGUUAGCAAGAGCAAGAGUUUCUAAGUUGCUUAUCUCACAAAAUUUGCUGCGUAUAGCUCCUAUUCGUACAUUAACAACAUCCUCUCGUAUCUUGAAUGGACAAACGGAACAGCAGCCCAAGGCAAAUCCGGACACAAAGAGGAAACCUCUUAGCAGGAUUGCGAUAGGAGGGACUAAGACCCACUCUCAGAGGACUUCAGGUGAGUCUAUUGAAUUCACAACGUGGAAAGCAGCGGCUUUAUUUGUUACUGUUGGUGGUGCUCUAUACUAUUUCUUUGCAAAGGAGAAGAGAAGGAUAGAAAUUGAGAAAGAAGCAGAGGCGAAUAGGGGAUACGGUAAACCUCUUGUUGGUGGUCCCUUCAAGCUAAUCGAUCAAGACGGAAAAGAGUUCACAGAGAAGAAUCUACUGGGUAAGUUUUCAAUUAUUUAUUUCGGUUUUACACAUUGUCCUGACAUCUGCCCUGAUGAGUUAGACAAGCUAAGCAUCUGGAUUGACGAUUUGAAGAAGAGAGGAAUCACACUACAGCCAAUCUUCAUCACUUGUGAUCCUGCCAGAGAUUCUCCAGAAGUUGUCAAAGAGUAUUUAAGCGAAUUUCAUCCUGAUUUUAUAGGGCUUACGGGUGACUACAAUGCGGUGAAAAGUGCAUGCAAACAAUACCGUGUUUACUUCUCUACACCUCCAUCUCUAAAACCGGGGCAAGAUUAUUUGGUCGAUCAUUCAAUCUUCUUUUACCUGAUGGAUCCUGAGGGCCAGUUUAUUGACGCUCUAGGUAGGCAAUAUGAUGAAAAAACUGGUGCUGAUAAAAUCGAGGAGCAUGUGAAGGCUUAUGUUCCAAAGGAGCAACGUGAGAAGAGAGCUCAGAAAUGGUACUCUUUUCUAUUUAAUUAA